AUGGCUUCCUCAACUGAUUUCAAAGUUUGUCAAGUGUGUAAAACGGAGCAGCACAAAUACGUUUGCCCGAAGUGCAAGCUCCUCUACUGUUCCUUGCCCUGCUACAAGAAGCACAACUCGGACUGCGUGUCUUCUUUUUACGAGUCUGAGUUUGCUGCUGCUGCUGCUGCUGCUGCUCCCACUCUUCACGAGAAGAGAGAUUUCAAUAUAAAGCUGACGCGCUUCCACCUGCAGCAGCAGCAGCAAGAGCAGCAGCAGCAGCAGCAAGUUGUUGAGGGUUUAGGGUUUGACUCCAGCGACGAGGGCGACACGGACACAGACACCGAUGGGGCCUCCCAGCAGCAGCAGCAGCAGCAGCAGCAGAUAGGGGAGGAGCGGCUGCAGCAGCUGCAGCAGCUAGCAGCAGCAAACGAGCUGCAGCUGCAGCACCUCACUGCUGCUGAAUCUGCUGCUUUCUUUUCUGCCCUCAAAAGAGGGGAGCUAGCCAAGUACCUCGAACCCUGGAAACCCUGGUGGCUCUCAAUCGAGCUGCCUACAAUGGAGCCGCCGGCGCACAUCUGCUGCCGCCCAACUCGCCCAGAUCCUCGGCUGGCGAUGACUCUGGCGCAAGUGCUGUUUGGAUACGCUCAUUGUAUGAGGACCUUCAACGGAGCCACCGAAGACGCAGAUGUCCCAGAAGCUGCAGGACACCUUUUGGCGGUUGCAAAAGGUUUGGAGUCGCGUGACCCUCCGCCGGCGUCCGCCGUCUCCGCUGUUGACCAAGCGCUGGAGUGGGCUGCACAGCCCCCGCUGGGGUGUACAGACGCCGAGUUCUCCGAAGUGUGUCUAACUGAUGCUGCAAAGCUGCUGGGGGUAAAGGAGUUUGCUGCUAAGGCAGCAGCAGCUGCUGCUGCACUAAUAGACAGGUUCAAGGAACUUAUGCUGCAGCAGCAGCAGCAGCAGCAAGGCAAGCAGCAGCAGCAGCAGCAGGGGGAGCGGCAGCAGCAAGAGGGAGAGCAGCAAGAUAAUGACAGCCCACAGGCGCCCAGCAACAAACAACUGGCAAAGCUAGCGGUCAAGGCCGAGCUGGUUGUGCGCAAGCUGGGGUUUGUUGCUUCUGCUGCUUAUUACCACUGGGAAGAGCUGCUGCAGCAGCGGCAGCAGCUGCAGCAGGCGCUGCAGCAGCGCUGCAGCAUGCUGCGGCAGCUGCAGCAGAUUAAAAAGAUGAGGGAAGAGGCGCAACAGGCAGCCCGAGCCUUGGACUCCUGCGGCAGCACUUCACUUGCUGCUGCUUCCAAAAGCCCGCAGUCAGCCAAGCCUGUCAUUGUCGUGCCCAGCAGCAGCAGCAGCAGCAGCAGCCGCAGCAAAAACAGCAGCAGCAGCAGCUCCUGCGUGAUCGAGGAGAGCUUCAAGCGCGAGGCCGAUUAG